ACCUCGGGGCGCUCCACCCACUUCUAGUUGGUGGGCGCGCAAGCGCACUUGCCGGCUUCUUUUGACAGCUUUGGCCAAGUGAGAAGGGAGGGGAGCAGGAGGUGUCGCGAGAGUUGGCCUCCGCCUCGUAGGUGGUGUAACUAUGGCGAGUCCGGGGGUCGACACUGAGCAGGAGCCGCUCUUAGGCUACCGCACACCCGGAAGCAGUGUUGCAGCCUUUAAGUGUCUACAUUCUGCAUUCCUCUACAGAACUCAUCACUUUACACGUCUCCCAGAAGUUCCGAAAUGAGGGUUUUAAUCGAUGCUUGAAGAUACCUCUCUUAGAGAAUGGGAUAUUAUAGAAACUGAAGAGCAUUAUAAGAGCCGAUGGAUAUCUAUUAGGAUUCUGUAUCUUACUAUGUUUUUCAGCAGUGUAGGAUUUUCUAUUGUGAUAAUGUCAAUAUGGCCAUAUCUCCAAAAGAUUGAUCAGACAGCUGAUGCAAGUUUUUUGGGCUGGGUUAUUGCUUCAUUUAGUCUUGGCCAAAUGGUAGCUUCACCUGUAUUUGGUUUGUGGUCUAAUUAUAGACCAAGAAAAGAACCUCUUAUUGUCUCCAUCUUCAUUUCGGUCGUGGCUAACUGCCUCUAUGCAUAUGUCCACGUUCCAGCUUCUCAUAAUAAAUACUACAUGUUGGUUGCUCGUGGAUUGGUGGGAUUUGGAGCAGGAAAUGUAGCAGUUGUUAGAUCAUACAUUGCUGGUGCUACUUCCCUUCAGGAAAGAAUAAGUUCCAUGGCAAACACAAGUGCAUGUCAAGCAUUAGGCUUUAUUCUAGGUCCAGUUUUUCAGACUUGUUUUGCACUCAUUGGAGAAAAGGGUGUGACAUGGGAUGCCAUUAAGCUGCAGAUAAAUAUGUAUACAGCACCAGUUUUACUUGGCGCAUUCCUGGGAGUUUUAAAUAUUAUUCUGAUCCUUACUCUAUUAAGAGAACAUCGUGUGGAUGACUCAGGACGACAGUGUAAAAAUGUUAAUUUUGAAGAAGCAAGUACAGAUGAAGUUCAGUUUCCCCAAGGAAAUAUUGAUCAAGUUGCUGUUUUGGCCACCAAUGUUCUGUUUUUUGUGAUUCUGUUUAUCUUUGCCCUUUUUGAAACCAUCGUUACUCCAUUAACAAUGGAUAUGUAUGCCUGGACUCGAGAACAAGCUGUAUUAUAUGAUGGAAUAAUACUUGCUGCUCUUGGAGUUGAGGCAAUUCUUAUUUUCAUGGGGGUUAAAUUACUUUCCAAGAAGAUUGGUGAGCGUGCUAUUCUACUGGGAGGACUCAUCGUUGUAUGGGUUGGCUUCUUUAUCUUGUUACCUUGGGGAAAUCAGUUUCCCAAAAUACAGUGGGAAGAGUUACAUAAUAAUUCAAUCCCUAAUACCACAUUUGGGGAAAUUAUUAUUACUCUUUGGAAGUCUCCAAGAGAAGAUCGCAACGAAGGACCCACUGGUUGCCCAAUUGAACAAGCCUGGUGCUUCUACACUCCCAUGAUCCAUCUGGCUCAGUUCCUCACAGCAGCUAUGCUAAUUGGAGUAGGCUAUCCAUCCUGCAAUGUUACGUCCUAUACGUUGUAUUCAAAAAUUCUGGGACCAAAACCUCAGGGUGUGUACAUGGGCUGGUUAACAGCUUCUGGAAGUGCAGCACGGAUUCUUGGACCUGUGUUCAUCAGCCAAGUGUACACUUCCUGGGGUCCACGAUGGGCAUUCAGCCUUGUGUGUGGAAUAGUGGUGCUUACCAUCAUGCUCCUGGGUGUGGUUUACAGAAGACUUGUUCCUUUUUCUGUAAGGCAUGGAAGGAUUCAAGAAUAACCUAACUAACUCUAUGAUGGAAAGUACUUAUAUGGGGUUUCUUCUUCCAGGGCUCUGUAAGACAGUUGCUAUGAGUCAAUUUCCAAAAGUCAGGCUGCAAAUAUUAUGUAUUUUGAAUAACAAGAACAUAUAUUGAUUAAUAUAGGGAAUUCUACAUGUAAAUACGAACAGUAAUAUAAUAUAAAAACACUCUGGUUCACAAUUUCUGUAUUUCAAAAAGUAUUCUUCAUAUAACACCUCUUUAGCGGUUACAUGAACUCAUGAGUGGACAGUGGUUUAUAAAUAUGAAGUUGUGCUCUUAAUUCAAACUGCAGAGGUGUCAUUAAAAUAAUGAGAAAGUAUUUAUGCAGGGAAGCCAUAAGGAGAGUUCUUUAUGAAUUACCAAUAACAAAAAAAAUGAAAUUAUAGAAAUUAUCUACCUAAAUAGAGGUACCUAUGUUUGAAGAUACCUACUUUUUAUUUACUUAAAAAAUGCAGCUUCUAUUAUCGAAUUUCCUUAUGAAAUAAAAAUCAUGACUCUUAACUUUUCCAUUUACCAUGCCUACCAUCCUACCUUACCUUCUAUAAGGCAUUAUUUUUAAUUCUAUACCUUCUGUCCUAUUUUAGUUCCCUAAUAGGAGAAAGUACAAAUAAUUCUAAUAUUUGAGCAGUAAAGAAGAUUAAGAGAUCAAGAUGGAUUUCACUACCUUUGGUAGGACUAAUUAUUUUUUUCUUUCAAGUACUAAUAAAUAAUUCACUUUAGAAACAUAAGCCAGGUAUGUUACUGUAUACAUAUACUGAAUAGCAAACUGUUUAUUAAAAUUACUGACAUUUUUCAACUCCCUUAAAUUCUAGAGAAAAACUAUUACUUUAAUUAUUUAAUUAAAUUAUUUAAUUUAUUUACUUUUCCCAUUUCUCAGUAGUGACAGGGAAGACACAGCAGUUUCCAAACAAUGUCUAUGUAGCUAUUCAGAACUGCAGAAUUUUAAAUUUGGAUGGGCCAUGACAGCCCCAAUCUAAUUAGGCUAAUAAAUAUUUUAGGUAAAAUUGCUUUAAUCUAACAGUUUACUGAGUUUACUUGAAGUGGGCUAAAUCAUACUCUCUAUGUGUACAUUUCUACCUCUACAUAAAUUGAAUGCUCAUAAAUGGAACUACUAUAGAAUUAUGUAUGUGGAUAAUCAAUAUUACCAAAAAAUGCUAAAAUAUUUCUAAAUAUUUUUCCAAAUGUUUCCUACUGUAAGUUCUAUUUUCAAAUCUGAAAGCAAACAAGUAAACACUAUAAUCUGCACUUUAUACUAUGUUUGUUGUAUUCUUGUGGGGUUUUUUUUCCCUUUUACUUUCUCUCUUUCUUUUCUUUUUUUUUUUUUUUUUUUUUUGGCUUGAAAAACAGAAAUUUAUUUCUCACAGUUCUGGAGGCUAGAAGUCUAAGACCAAGAUUGUCAGCAGGGUUAGUUAGUUUGUUCUGAGGUCAUUCCUUGACUUGUAAAAGGAUAUCUUCUCUCUGGAUCUUUUGUUUGUUUGUUUGUUUUUACAGCUUUAUUGAGAUAUAAUUGACAUAUAACAUUGUGUAAGUUUAAAGUGUACAAUGUGAUGAUUUGAUAAACUUAUAUAUAGCAAAAUGAUUACCACCAUAGCACUAGCCAACACCUCCAUCCUAUCACAUAAUUAUCAUUUCUUUUUUUUUGUGGUGAGAACAUUUAAGAUCUCUCUUUGCGACUUUUAAGUAUAUAAUACAGUAUUAUUAAUUGUGAUCACCAUGCUGUAUAACAGAUCCCCAGAAUUUAGUCAUCUUAUCACAGGAAGUUUGUUCUCUGACCAGCAUCCCAUUUCCUCCACCCCUUAGCCCCUGUCAACCACCAUCCCACUCUCUGCUUCUAACAGUUAAGUUCUUUUAGAUUUCACAUACAAGUAAUAUCAGAUAGUAUUGUCCCUCUCUGUCUGACUUCUUUCACUUAGCAUAAUGCCUUCAAGGUCCACCCAUGUUUUCACAAAUGGCAGGAUCUCCUUAUUUCUCAUGGCUGAAUAAUAUUCCAACACAUACACACAUCUUU